UGUAUAACCUUUAACACAAAAUUCGAGUGAAGGAUUUAUAAAGUAGCAAAUAAAUUUAGAGAACUUCUGAAAAUAAAAGGGCUGCAUUUUCUGAAGCGUCUGCUUGCUAACAUGUUAUAGAUAAUGAUGCUUAUAAGGACAAUGAUUAAUACCGUCUUUUGAGUUAUGGCUUUCAUAAAGCCCUGAUGGAGUCAACAAGUGCUAACUUACAAAUUUGACAAUCUGGAUGCUACAACUCUGGAUGUGCAGAAUGAAGAGGGAGAUAGCGGAGCUCCAAUUUUUAAUUUUCCAACUACAACAAGCCAGCAGCCAAUCAAAGCUGCUCAAGGAAUAAUAAUAGAAAAUACAAAACAUCUUGCUCAAAGCGGAUCUUUUGAAUUCUCAAACUCAAAUUUUUCAAUGGAGUUAUGGAUUUUCAUGGAAACACAGAUCAAUCCUCACUACAUCUACGAAUCGACUGUAAAGAAUAUGACAGGUGGAGUUGGAACAGACCAAUACUUUGCAUUGUAUUCAAGAAUUGUGUAUACUGGUUCUAAAAAUCCCAGCUUAUGAUCCACUAUCUCAACCAGAAGAUACUGUUCAACGCGGAUGAUGGAAAAUGGCUGGAAUAAAUUUGGAGUUGGUGUAUUGACUGGUAACCACAACAUAUACUCCUCAGAUUACAAAGGAAGUGGAUCGUCUAAAGUUAUUAUCUCAUUGUCUAUCUCAGACACAAGCAAAACCUACAUUGGGUGCAACACUUGAUCUUAUGGGAGAGUUAUUAUAUAUAGUCUGAGAUAUAUGUCUGAUAGUACUUUAGGGACUAUAAAUAAUCCUAAUGCUCUCACAAAUCCUUAUAAUGGAUUCUGAGGUGACGGCACUCAGCAAUUAGAAUACCUCGAAGAAUGAGAUGACGGAAAUAUAAACGAUGAUGAUUCCUGUAUCAAUUGCAUUGUAGGUACAGGAUAUCAAUGAAGCGGACCUAACAAUGUCACUUGUACAAAGGAAUGAGGAGAUGGUUAUUGGGCAAAUACUGAAGAGUGUGAUGAUGGAAAUCUAGACAACGGGGAUGGCUGCUCUGACGAGUGUAAACUAGAAGAUUACUAUGAAUGUGAAGGGUUUACUUUACAAGGAGGAGGCCAAACCUGUAAUACUAUAUGAGGAGAUGGCAUUCUUAUUACUAAAGACUUAGAUCAAGCUAAUUAUUGAGAUGAUGGUAACACAGUGUCAAAUGAUGGAUGAAGUAGCUUUUGCUCCAUUGAAGGAGGAUGGUAUUGUGAUCAUAAUGGGACCAAUUUUAAAAGCUCAUGCUACACUACAUGUGGAGAUGGUUACCAUGUCCCUCAAACAGAAGGUUGAGAUGAUGAAAACCUUAAUCCUGGAGAUGGCUGAGAUGAAAAUUGACAAAUUGAAGAUUACUAUGAGUGUGACAGAAUCUCCGAAAAGAGUGUUUGAACUCCUAUAUGAGGAGACAGCUAUAUAUUUUCUGGAUAUGAAACCUGAGAUGAUGGAAACUCUGUGGAUAAUGAUGGAUGUAGCCAGACCUGACAACGAGAGCUAGGCUUUUCCUGUAUUUUUACUACAAAGAGUAUCUGAACUCCUAUAUGAGGAGAUACUUAUAAAGUUCUGAACUCAGAGGAAUGAGAGGAUGGGAAUGUAAUAGAUAAUGAUGGUUGUAGUUCAUCUUGAGAAAUUGAAUAUGAUUAUUCUUGCACUGGAUCGACUGCAAUUGCUGGUGAAACUAAUCUGGAAACUAUAGAAAUUUGCAGUCAGAUCUGUGGGAAUGGAAAAGUUGCUCAUGAUGCUAACCUCACAGAAAUCUGAGAUGAUGGAAACCUAAUCGAUGGAGAUGGUUGUGACAGUACCUGCAAAGUUGAAUUUGGCUAUGAAUGUUUACUUAUUAAUGGAACUAGUCUUUGUGAUCAUAAAUGAGGAGAUGGAAUAAUAUCUAGCACAGAAGGGUGAGAUGAUAAAAACUUGAAUAAGGGAGAUGGAUGAGAUUCUAGCUGACAGAUAGAGAAAGACUAUAUUUGAAUGAAUACUACAUUAAAUGGUAAUUUCUUGAUUAUAUCUCUUGCAAAAUAAUCAAUUAUAGGUGACAGUGUUUGUAAGAAAUGUCAAGUGGAUUCAUGCAAGAACUGAGAUAAUGACGAUUAUAACAUAUGUGAUGUAUGACUUCAAGGGUAUGAUAAGAAAAGUCCAAAUGAAUGAAAAGGAUAUUUUGAAAUGAAUUUAUCAUCCUCUCAAAAAGCAAUGUCAAGUGGGGCCCAAGGAGUUUCUGGAGCUAGUGCAGGAGCUACUGCGUUAGUAUCACUUUUAAACUUAUCAUCUUUAUCAGCAGUUUGGUCAAUUGUUAACCAAUUACAACUAUUUUUAUUGCUUUUAUUGACCAAAACUCCGUUUCCUGAUCAUGUGAAAUCAUUGCUUAUUGGAAAUAAGAUCUGAACAGAUUUAAAUUAUGGAUUCAACAUCCUUCCAAAAAUUCCAAGAAUAAGUGGAUGGGUAUUUAUUGAACAAGUAAAUCCAUAUCUGAAAACUAUUGGGAUAGACUCGAGAUCAGCCCUAAGCACAAACCUUUCUUUCGGAAUUAUGCUAAUCUGAUUGAUUGGUUGAUACCCUUUCGUUAUUUGCUUGAAGAAAUUUAUAGACUUUGACAGUACAAAGAAAUGAAGUUUUAACUAUUUACUUCUGAAGUUUCAUGAUUUAUUUAAUUUUACAAUUUACAUCAGACUAAUUCUUGGAGCUUAUCAACUGUUAUUGAUCACAAGUUAUUCUGAUAUACUGAUGAUGGACUUUUCAAACUCCAGUUCUUUAGCAUCUUUUAUAUUUUCAAUAAUUAUUAUAGCGAUCUUAUUUUUAACGCUUGUUCUCUCAUUUUAUAUUUUCUACACGACAAGGAAAUUCUAUGACUCGGAUAAAUUCAACAAGCUAAGAGAAUUCUUGACAGGAAAUAGAAAUUCUAUGUUCUCCCGAAUGUAUUCUUUUCUGAGUUUGACAAGAAGAACUCUGUUAAUUAUCUGGCUACUUACAUUUAGCUGGCUGGAUCCAAUGUACUUGUCAAUAGGAAUGCUGUCAAUUCAAGUGCCAUACUUUUGUUGCCUUGUAGUUUGUAGACCUUUUGAUCAUCCAGAAAACAACAUGAUUGAGAUUAUAAAUGAGACGAUAUAUCUUGUUCUUAUAUCAAUAAUGAUUCCACUACAUCAGGAAGAGGAUUGGUCAUCAGUCUUUACAAAUAUUUUUAUUGGCCUGAUAAUGUCAAACUCUCUCAUCAUCACAUGUAUCAUGAUAACUGUUUUAUGAAUGUCAAUAUUUUCUAAAUGAAAGAACUCCAAAUCAAAAGAAAGAAAAAUUCUCCCAAGAGAGGAAAUAGAAAAACCAAGAACAAAAGUUAAAACUACAUAUGGAAUUGAGUCAGAUUUAUCAGGAGUUGUCAUGUUCAAUAGAGCAGUUAAACAAAAGAUCAAUAAGACGAACAAGCUUAACGAAGAAACUAAAACCAAUGAGUUUAAUCGAGUUCAGUUUUAAU